GGGAAAGGACGAGGAGCCUCUCACCCCAGCGCGCAUGCGCGCGCCCAGCCGGCGGCGCUGCGCCCGCGGCGGUGUUGGGCGCCGGGUGUGGUGUGACGUCAUCAAAGGACGCCCAGCUCGGAGCCGGCGGGGGCGACGCCGGGGCGGCCGCAGGACUCGAAAGGGAAGUCAAGUGAGAUCAUUGUCACCUUCAGCACCUCUGCAAUGCUGCUUCGCUCAGGCCGUAGAAAGCCAUAUCAAAUGCCUCUCCAUAGAAGACAGUCUGUGAAGAAGAAAUUUCUGCUAAGAAAUAUGAGAACAGCUCCUGGAAAGCCAGUGUUUAGCCUGCGAAAAACAUUGAAAUGUUAUAUACUCACUGAAGAUUCAAAAACAGUGCAUUUUGAUAUAGAUGAAGAUGGUCAUCAUGAAAUAUCUACCAAGGAUUCACAAUCCCAUGAAGAUAUUGCAUGGUUAAGUGUGUUCACACGGAAUGGAGCAGCAGUUACUGAUAAACCUGUUGUGGAAAAAAAAGAUUCUAAAAAUUUGGUGAGCCUCACACAGAGAUCAAAGCUUAAUGAAUUUGUGCUGUUGUGCAAGGGUAAGAAGCAUCUCUCUCUAAAGGUCUUAAAAGCAUCCUGUUCAGAGCCAGAUGGUCCUUCAGUGGAGAGAUGUAAUACGAAAACAUGCAGCCAUGAAGAUCCUGACUUUAAACAGCUGAGUGAAGAUAAUAACUUUUUCAUCAUGCAUUACCAAGGAGAUUCAGUGCAGUUCCAAUGCUAUGAAGAUAGAAGUUACUAUCUGUGUGUGAAUGAUGACUCACUUGAUAUUCGCAAGCUGGAAAACAAAGAGCCCAAUGAGGACAAAAAUUUUUACUUCAGGGUGUCAUAUUUACAGGAAAAGUAACUUGUCUGCCUUUCAGUGGCCUAAGUGCCCAUACAGCUCCUAAGAAGAUGAGGAAGUUUGAGAUCAACUAAUCUCUGUUUGAGCGAAAUUUUUACAUUUUCAUAAUUUCUAAGUCAUCAAUGUCCUUUAUUUCUGUACAUUCAAUAGCAAAAGAGGAAGGCCAAGUUUGAAAAACAUACUAACUGAUCAGUCUCUGUGUCUUACCUACCAAUUAUGUUUUUAAGGAAACAAAAUAUUCUGGUGUGGGAAAAUAUAUGGGGGAUAUUUCAAAGAUGGCAACAAAAAGGAACAUAUUUGAAUAUGAUCAUAAAAUGUGCCAUUAGUUCUCCAUGUUGUAAACAUUUUACUUUUUAAAAAACUGUCUCUUAUAAGCUCACCUGAAUGUGCAAAAAAAUUUUCAGAAGUUGUUAAAUGCAUACAUGCAUAACCUGAUUGACUGACUUGGAGAAAGAGUCAGAAAAGGAGUCUUGGCUCUAUCUGUGAAUAAGGGAAGAUGCUAGAAGCUAGAAGAUGUCUCUGCACCUCUAGCUCCAAGCCAGCCCAUAUAGUCCAUUAUGCAAUUUCAUCAUCUCUCCAGCAUGGCAACUCUGUAAGAAAAUGUACACAGAGCAUCAGACGCACAAUGUGCAGGCAGAGGGAGGGAGGCACAUUGAACUGAUGGGCCAUAACAGAUGCCAGCAAACACAGCAGAAAAUUUCUCUGACAUAUUGGCUUCCACUUCUGAGUCAUAGAGGGAAACACAAUCACAUGUUCAAUUGCAAAGCAGAGUGCAGAGUCUGUAUUCUUCAAAUAGCAAAAAUCUUUAUGUUGGUUAUAAUGCUCAUUAAAGAGAACUUUUAAGUAUUUUCUAAAUAAUACUUACAACCUCUGGACCUGCCAAGAGUUCAAUAAACUGCCAAGAGUUAACAUGAAGAAAAAAAACCCAAAAAUUAUGGAUAUUAAUUUACAUUAGAAUCAAGUAACUUAAAGUAGUUAAGAUGUUGCACAAGAAAUAGAUUCAGUCAUAGUAAGUACAUUAAUUUCAGUAUCGGAUACACUAACACUUCAUAGUCAUACAUUUAUUAUUGGUAGUGUAAUCCCCUCACUAAAUUACAGAAUGUGCUAGAAGUUGAUGAAAAGAUGACAAGUCACCAUAAAUCUUGUAUGAAGAAUAUUAAUGAAAUCAGCAUUGCUGAUAUAACCACAAAAGUAACAUUUACCUCAGUUAAAUUUGAAUCUGUUUUAUAGUUAAAAUUUAAAUUAUGGUUAUAUGCAGAAUUUUGUACUUUUACCAUGUGCCACCUUAAUUAAUUUUGAAUUUUUGAUUUUUUUUAGCAAUUCAAGGGAAAAUAAGCCCUUAUGGAAUACAGCAGUGGUAAUUUUGUAAAAUGUUGGAUUUGAUAUCUAAGGUAGUAAUAUCAUUUGAUGUCUUUUUUCAUAAAUCACAGUAAAUUCAUACAACUUCAUAACUCUAAAUAUACAUAGUGUAAAGCAAGUUAAAAAAUUCUCUAUCCUAAUCUUUGCUGAAGUCUUAUUCUGAUCAUAAAAAUCCCUUCACACUCACAUUUUCCAGUUCCCACUAAUCUAAGUGUCUUGUGAGUGGCAGAUAAAUUUUUAAUAUGUGAGGUCGAAAUCAUAUAGAAAUUUUAUUUUUAAAUAGAAAAUUAAAGCCAUUUCAGAAUGGCUUUCAUUUUUAGCCUUUCAAAAAAUAUAGUUUCAAACACUUUACAAUAAAAUCCAAUGUGUCUAACAUUUGAAUAUGAAAUAUAAUUUGUAUUUUGCUGUUUAAAACAACAAUUAUAUUAUUUAACUUUCAUUUAACAGAUGUGAUAAUUAUUAAACUGAUAAUAUAAAUAUGUUGCUCUUGUAUUUCUGCCCUUCUAAAGCUGUGCCUUCAAUAAAGUGCUGCAUUUUGCUUGCUUAGACCAAUGUAAUGCAAGUAUUUUUCAUAUAUUACUUAUAUAUUCUACAUAUAUUACUAUGGUAUUUUGACCAUAUUUGUGACUGCCUACAGUAA